CGGCGGUACGAGUACAAGGACCACACCGCGGACAUUCAGAUUCACGCGUGGGGCGCCACCGUCGAGGAGUGCUUCGCGCGCGCGGCGUUGGGGAUGUUCGACUACAUGACGCCGCUGGAUAAGCUGAGCGAGGGCGCGUCGAGGGCAAGGGACGAGGGCGCGCACGACGCGCACUCGCUCCUGUUCGCGUUCCUGGACGAGCUCCUCUUUCACUUCCACACGUCGAUGCUCGUAUGCACGAAGAUACAAGUCGCGACCAUCGACCGCACGCGCUGGCGCGUCGAGUGCGUCGCGCUCGGGGAAAAGUUUGUCGACGGCGUGCACGAGCAGGGGACGGAGAUCAAGGCGAUCACGUACAGCGCGAUGCAGAUCUUGGAGGCGGGGGAGGGGAAGGACGGGUGCGCGGAGGUGUUCGUCAUCGUAGACAUCUGA